AUCGAAAUGUGAAAGCUGCGACUUAUGGAGCUCAGCUCACACCUUCUUCUUCUUCUUUCUUCAUUGAAACGCGUCUCGUACUGAUCUUUAACGAUCCGUCUACAAUGGGGAUAUCCGUACAACCCGUCGUCGUUUUACUCCUCUCCACUAUCCUCAUCACCAUCACAGUCUACCUCUUCACCACCGAUAUCGUCACAUUCCCUUUCCCUUCUUUCACCCCCACCGAUUAUUACACACCAAACCCCAAAUCCCCAGUUCCUCACCAAAACAUCGACGUUUCUUCCAAUCGAACUCUGCAGAAGAUGAAGCUAAACGCUUCAUCACUCGAGGUGGUGGAACAGCUGAAAUGGGAUCUAUGUAAAGGCGCAGGAUCUGUUGAUUACAUACCUUGUCUUGACAACUUCGCUGCAAUUAAGCAGCUCAAAUCUAGGAGACAUAUGGAGCAUCGAGAACGUCAUUGCCCCGAACCAACCCCUACAUGUCUCGUUCCCUUGCCGCAUAACUAUAAGCCUCCGGUUCCGUGGCCUAAGAGUCGGGAUAUGGUUUGGUAUGACAAUGUUCCUCACCCCAAGCUUGUUGAAUACAAGAAAGAACAAAAUUGGGUUAUAAAGACCGGUGAAUAUCUUGUUUUUCCUGGAGGAGGUACUCAAUUCAAAUUUGGGGUUACUCAUUACGUUGAGUUCAUUGAAAAGGCUUUACCGAGUAUCAAAUGGGGGAAAAACAUAAGGGUUGUAUUAGAUGUUGGUUGUGGCGUCGCUAGCUUUGGUGGGUUUUUAUUAGAUAAAGAUGUCAUUACAAUGUCAUUUGCCCCUAAAGAUGAACAUGAAGCUCAGAUUCAGUUUGCGUUAGAACGAGGAAUACCUGCAACUCUUUCUGUUAUUGGAACCCAGCAGCUUACAUUCCCGAGCAAUGCGUUUGAUCUUAUCCAUUGUGCACGGUGCAGAGUCCAUUGGGAUGCUGAUGGUGGGAAACCAUUGUUAGAGCUAAAUAGGGUACUCAGGCCAGGAGGUUUCUUCAUAUGGUCUGCAACACCGGUCUAUCGAGAUAAUGACAGAGAUACCAAAAUAUGGAAUGCAAUGGUUUCUCUUACUAAAUCCAUUUGCUGGAAGGUUGUGACAAAGACGGUUGAUUCCUCUGGAAUCGGACUUGUGAUCUAUCAAAAGCCAACUUCAGAAUCUUGCUAUAAUAAACGCAGCACACAAGAUCCACCUCUGUGCGAUAAAAAGGAAGUAAAUGCUUCAUGGUAUGUUCCCCUCGCCAAAUGCAUUUCCAAAUUACCGAGCAGAAAUGUCCAGAGUUGGCCUGAGCUAUGGCCUAAACGGCUUGUGAGUGUUAAACCUCAAAGCAUUUCGGUUGAAGCGGAAAAAUUGAAGAAAGAUACAGAGAAGUGGUCAGCAAUCGUAUCCGAUGUGUAUCUUGAAAGUCUAGCUGUAAACUGGUCGAGUGUGCGGAAUGUGAUGGACAUGAAUGCUGGUUUUGGCGGCUUUGCUGCUGCACUUAUAAAUCGACCUCUCUGGGUGAUGAAUGUUGUUCCUGUGGAUAAACCUGACACUCUCUCAGUCGUGUAUGAUCGAGGCUUGAUCGGAGUUUACCAUGAUUGGUGUGAGUCCCUCAACACUUAUCCUAGAACAUACGAUCUGCUACAUUCCAGUUUCUUCCUGGGAGAUGUCUCACAAAGGUGUGAGAUUGUACAAGUAGCAGCUGAGAUAGAUCGGAUAGUGAGGCCAGGCGGAUAUCUUGUGGUGCAAGACACCAUGGAAACAAUAAAGAAGAUUGAAUCCAUAUUUGGUUCGCUUCAUUGGUCAACCAAAAUAUACCAGGACAAGUUCUUGGUUGGUCGGAAGGGAUUUUGGCGUCCCGCUGAACCGGAGCUCUGAUACUGAUAGACAGGAAAAGAAGCAUAAACAAUACAAACUAGCAAAGUAAUUUCAUUUGUACACUAUCAAAGACACAACUAGAUUAUAUCACAGUGUACCCCCAUUAAACAGAACCAACUUUAUUAAGGGGAUUUUGUUUUGAAUUUA